UUUAAGACAGUAGAAGGAAGCAGAUGGUGUGGAAGGCAUGAGCGUUAUAUGAUUAAUUUACAUUAACUCAACAAAUUGGUGUAUUAAUUCGCCACAUAAGACAAGGAUUACUAAUAGCAACGGUAUCAUUGAUAAAGUAACAUUAGGUUGUGUUAUUUAAAAUACUCAGCUGCUUUGUACCAGAUGUUUCGCGGUUUCAGCUUAGGUUGGGCUUAGAAAGUGCACGUGUGCACUAGAGGGCGCGCGUGCUCAGUAAGUUCCCCUUUUUGAUGUCAGCGCCGGACUCUACUCACAGACCUGCGUGUUUGAGGAACCACACAACUUCAGGAUAACUUGUUUUAGGGGAGAAAGAGAAAAACAAAGGCUACGGCUCGCUGCAGUCUUUUAGCUACGUGGGCGCGAACAAGCGAAUAAUUAACGCAACAUGGACGAUUUAGACGCGUUACUGGCAGAUCUGGAGUCAUCCACCGCUCAUAUCUCAAAGUGUCCAGUGUUUCUCCCAGAUGAGACACCCUACUCUUUUCCCAGUAGUGGAAGCCUGCUCCCGGAUGACACAUCCCCUCCUCCUGUGCCCCCUCCUCCAUCUUCAGAGGCUUUGAACGGGUCUCUUCAAAAACAGGCCGACUCCCACCACUCCUCACAACAGUCUCUUGGCUCAACACAAAAAAGUACAUUGUCUCAAGACAUCAGUAGUCCCCCAUUACCUCAUACAGAAGAGGACCACGUCUACAGUUUCCCCAACAAGCAAAAGACACCAUCAGACUCCUCAGCACCAGCUAUGAGCUCUGCACUGGGCAGCAACUUGUCUGAGCUGGAUCGCCUGCUACUGGAACUCAAUGCUGUUCAGCAGAACACACCAUCCUACACCACCACAGAAGAUGCAGCUCCCCCACUUCCUUCCUCCAGUUCUGCACACUAUAUCCAGGAAAAUGGAGUCCACUCAGGAAUUACCCCUGCUGCCAAGGACAAACCUCAGAGAAAUGGAACCAAAGGGCCAGAAGAAGGACGCCCCACUGUGGAGAGCCUAUUGAAUGAACUGGAGAGCGCGAUACCUGCCCCAAUGCCUGUCCCUUCUGGACUUCAAACGGAGGGGCACUUGGAUGUACCAUCUGAGCAGCAAGGUCGAAUGUCAGCCACCUCAGCCACGCGAGAAUUGGAUGAGCUCAUGGCUUGCUUAUCUGAUUUCAAGGUGCAGAGCAAUAUCAUGGCUCAGGGAAAGGGUCCAAACACACAGGUCAAUAAACUAGACAACAUGCUGGGAAGCCUGCAGUCUGAUUUACAUAAGCUGGGUGUAAAGACUGUGGCCAAAGGAGUGUGUGGUGCUUGCUCCAAACCGAUUGUUGGCCAGGUAGUAACUGCCAUGGGCCGCACAUGGCACCCGGAGCAUUUUGUGUGCUCUCACUGCCAGGAGGAGAUUGGCUCUAGAAAUUUCUUUGAACGCGAUGGACAGCCAUACUGUGAGAAAGACUACCAUCACCUCUUCUCUCCUCGCUGCUACUAUUGCAAUGGUCCCAUUCUGGAUAAAGUAGUGACUGCUCUGGAUAGAACAUGGCAUCCUGAACACUUUUUCUGCGCUCAGUGUGGGGCCUUCUUUGGCCCUGAGGGUUUUCAUGAGAAAGAUGGGAAGGCAUACUGCCGUAAAGAUUACUUCGACCUGUUUGCUCCCAAGUGUGGUGGCUGUGCCCGUGCCAUCCUCGAAAAUUAUAUAUCUGCCCUGAACAGCCUCUGGCACCCUGAGUGCUUUGUUUGUAGGGAGUGUUUUACUCCUUUCGUGAAUGGCAGUUUCUUUGAACAUGAUGGGCAGCCAUACUGUGAGGUUCACUACCAUGAACGACGUGGCUCUCUCUGUUCUGGCUGCCAGAAGCCCAUAACAGGCCGUUGCAUCACGGCCAUGGGCAAGAAGUUCCACCCUGAGCAUUUUGUCUGUGCCUUCUGCCUCAAGCAGCUCAACAAGGGCACCUUCAAGGAGCAGAAUGACAAACCAUACUGUCAUGGUUGCUUCGUCAAACUCUUCAGUUAGACUGAGUCAAUCUGGUGUGUGCUUGCCUGUCUGAGUGUAUUGGAUAUGCAGCAAAAUACAAGUUUCAAAAGCCUUAUGUAAUAGAGGAGUAAAGAGUUUAGAUAAGUAAUGUAGAGGUUUGAAUUUGGUUUUUUGGGAAUUGUGUGCAAAUGUCUGCUCACUGGUUGAGUGUGAAAGAAUCUGUUUUAGGAAUGUGGCUUUGUAUCAAGUUUGGAUCAUUUGACCUGUGAAAGUCUUUUCACUAUGUAACAAUGGUUUGUGGUAUGAAAUAGAAAAUGCCACAGUGGCAAAAUGUGAUCACAAUUUGUAAGAAUUGGAUGUGGGCUCAACAGUUUGUCCAAUGUAUUUAGCAUUUGCAAGAAACAAUUUAUAUUACUGUGCAGUGCCUUGUUUUCUAUCAGAAAUUAUGAUACAUGAAUUGUACAAAAAAAUUGUUUAGCAACUGAUAUGUACAUUUAUAUGGAGACUGACGUUCUUGGUGUGCCAAUAAUUACCAGCCCAUAACAAGCCAGCCAUGAUGAACUACAAACACUGAAUAGGAGUGGUGUGGUGUUGAGUAUUGUGAACCUCAGUCACCCAAGUAAAUUCCUGUGUAUAUAUAGAAUUAUCCUUUUCAGAGGGAAGCCGAGGCUUUUGGUCUUUUUAUUCAAGCGAUCAUAAGCAUUAUUGAAUUAUUUACCCAUAUAAUCAUGUUGAAAUAACUAAAUGCAUCAUCUCAAAAAUACUUUACUGUAUUUAGGUAACUUGUCCUCAUUUUUCGUACUCUUACCAUUUUAAUAACCACUUAUUCUCUUUCAUUUUCUCAAGCAAAUCUUGGGUUGUUUAAUUAAAUAGCUGUGACAAUGUUGUGCAAUUUCUAUCCCUUUAACACAGUAUAUGAUUGGUUUAAAGAUAAGUAUGUCUUUCUGUCUCAGAGACAGCUCUGGGCAAUUUUAACUGCUGUAUUCCUUUAUAACAUUCUAAUGUAUUUUUCUCAUUUUUUCUUUUUUGUUUGUCUGAAAGUCUUAAGCAUCACAGACAUUUUAAAGAAUGGGUUAUGAUGGAUGAAUCAUUAGAAAUGUAACACCAGUUUUUAAAUUCCCCCUAGAAAUUAAAAGUGGGUAUUUCCUUAUUUUCAGAAGUAUAGCCUUGACUGCUUGCCAAAUAAUCCAAAGAUCUUGUGUAUUGUAAAGGUAAGAAUGCAUGUACGAAAUUACUCGCAGUUAACAAUCCUUAAUCUAUAUGCAUUAUCCUCUGGGACUACAUAUUUUCAUCACUAGUAUGAGGAUGCAGUUCAAACAUAUGGCCUUAUUUUUCUUACAUAAUGUAUAUAAAGAUAACUUUUAAUGGAGAUGCUGUGAUAAUUCAGAGAUCUUUCCUAUCUUAUUAUUCUUGUUGUUCUGAGAGCUAGGUGCCUAGAGGACUCAAUAGUCCAUAUGCCUCAGGGCCUAUUUGACACUGGUUUUAAAGUUUUUCCCUUUUUUUUUUUUUUUUUUUAGCAUGCAACUUUUAUGUCAAAAGGAGGGCUUCAAUUUUUCUUUCUUUAUACUGUUACAGUCUCUUUUAGUGGGCCUUCAUUUACUGUGUCUAUUUACCCAAUGUGAAACUGCAGGUAUAUAUAAUUUCCAUAACUGGCAUUUUGUUCUGAGUCAUAGUAAUUGGUUGAAUUCUUACCGUUAUCAAUAAAAUGCUUUGAUGUCUUCA